GCAUGAAGCCUCCAUCUCACAGCUGCAUGCAUAGUCACUGUUGAAGCAAAUGCCUACCUAAUUUGACAGUCUUGGUGUUUUUAAAAUUUUUUGAGUUUGCAAAUAAGCUUAUUAAGCUUACUGAUGGAGCCUUCCAGCAGUGAACAGUUAUAUGAGGACCCUGACCCUGGAGGCAAAUCCCAAGAUGCAGAAGCCAGGAGGCAGACAGAAUCAGAACAAAAGUUAUCUAAAAUGACCCACAAUGCUCUAGAGAACAUUAAUGUGAUUGGCCAAGGCUUGAAGCACCUCUUCCAGCACCAGCGCAGGAGGUCAUCAGUGUCUCCACACGAUGUGCAGCAGAUUCAGACAGAUCCAGAGCCUGAAGUGGAUCUGGACAGUCAGAACUCAUGUGCUGAGAUUGAUGGUGUCUCCACCCACCCCACAGCUCUGAACCGUGUUCUGCAACAGAUCCGAGUGCCACCCAAGAUGAAGAGAGGGACAAGCUUGCAUAGUAGGCGGGGCAAGUCAGAAGCCCCAAAGGGAAGUCCCCAAAUCAACAGGAAAUCUGGCCAAGAGGUGGCUGCUGUUAUACAGUCAGGUCGACCCAGGUCUUCAUCCACAACUGAUGCUCCUACCAGCUCUUCUGUGAUGGAAAUAGCUUGUGCUGCUGCUGUUUGUUUACCUGGAGAGGAGUCAACUGCAGAACGGCUGCAAGAUUUCCCUGGAGCCUUGGUGGCUGGAAUACAGGCAGAAUCCCAGAAAUCAGAGCAGAUCAGUGGGCAGCAUUGUGUGUUGGAAGAAGAUGCUUCUGCUUGGGGCCUGGACUUCAUGACAUGGAAGAUCGAGCGUUUGGAAGUAAGCAGCCUCGCCCAGACUUCCAGUGCCGUGGCCUCUAGCACUGAUGGCAGCAUCCACACCGAGUCUGUGGAUGGAAUACCAGACCCUCAGCGCACAAAAGCUGCCAUUGCACACCUGCAGCAGAAGAUCCUAAAGCUCACAGAACAGAUCAAGAUUGCACAAACAGCCCGAGACGACAACGUUGCUGAAUACUUGAAGCUUGCCAACAGUGCAGACAAGCAGCAGGCUGCUCGCAUCAAACAGGUGUUUGAGAAGAAAAACCAGAAAUCUGCACAGACCAUCCUCCAGCUGCAGAAGAAGCUUGAGCAUUACCACCGCAAGCUCCGUGAGGUGGAACAGAACGGAAUCCCCCGGCAGCCCAAGGAUGUUUUCAGGGACAUGCACCAGGGUCUGAAGGAUGUGGGCGCAAAAGUGACUGGCUUCAGUGAAGGUGUGGUGGACAGCGUCAAAGGUGGAUUUUCCAGCUUCUCCCAGGCUACCCAUUCAGCAGCAGGGGCUGUGGUCUCCAAGCCCAGAGAGAUUGCCUCACUGAUUCGGAACAAAUUUGGCAGUGCAGACAACAUCCCUAACCUGAAGGACUCAUUAGAGGAAGGACAAGUGGAUGAUGGGGGAAAGGCUUUAGGGGUGAUUUCGAACUUUCAGUCAAGUCCAAAAUAUGGUAGUGAGGAAGAUUGUUCUAGUGCCACUUCAGGCUCAGUAGGUGCCAACAGUACCACUGGGGGCAUUGCUGUAGGAGCAUCAAGUUCCAAAACAAACACCCUAGACAUGCAGAGCUCAGGGUUUGAUGCACUACUGCAUGAGAUCCAAGAGAUCCGGGAAACCCAGGCCAGACUGGAAGAAUCCUUCGAGACCCUCAAGGAACAUUAUCAGAGGGACUACUCCUUAAUAAUGCAGACCUUACAGGAAGAGCGGUAUAGAUGUGAACGACUAGAAGAGCAACUGAACGACCUAACAGAGCUCCACCAGAAUGAGAUCCUGAACUUAAAGCAGGAGUUGGCCAGCAUGGAAGAGAAAAUUGCCUAUCAGUCCUAUGAACGGGCCCGGGACAUCCAGGAGGCCCUGGAGGCCUGUCAGACCCGCAUCUCCAAGAUGGAGCUGCAGCAGCAGCAGCAGCAGGUGGUGCAGCUGGAAGGGCUGGAGAACGCCACUGCCCGAAACCUUCUGGGCAAACUCAUCAACAUCCUCCUGGCCGUCAUGGCAGUUCUCUUGGUCUUUGUGUCCACAGUAGCCAACUGUGUGGUCCCCCUCAUGAAGACACGCAACAGGACGUUCAGCACUUUAUUCCUUGUGGCUUUCAUUGCCUUUCUCUGGAAGCACUGGGACGCACUCUUCAGCUAUGUGGACCGACUCUUCUCACCCCCCAGAUGAUGCUGAUGCAGAAAGCAGUGCUCCUCACCGUCUGGCGAGUGCAUGCCAAGAGAGCUAGACAGCAGCAUUACCCACUCUGAAGUUUUCUACAAGAGAGUUGAGUGAAUCUGUUUACAUUUAGAAUAAUGUUUUUUUCUUCAAGAGACGAAAUUGCAAUAGUAUUUUUUAGAUUUUAUCCAAGAAGUUUUUUGGGCAAAAUCUUGGAUCAUUUUUAUGUAGCAUGAUUUUCCUUGGGAUGCAAAUCUGAAACAGUCCUUUAACAUGAACCAACAAUCUGCAACACCGAAGGGCAUUCUGAAUUGAGGCUUGGAGGACUGCACUAAACCCACUAAACAGAUGCUAAAACCUGACCAGGCCCAACACCUGCCCUGCAUGGGCUCCUCUCCUCCUCUAGACUAAUUCUACUGUGAAGUCCCACCACAUUCCAGGUUGGAAUUUUAGAUCCAGGGUGGAUUUUCCCUGCCAUGGAAGAACAUCUCCCAGGCUUUCUCAUGCUAACCCUGAAGUAUGAUCACUUCUGAACCUGCACCUUCCUUAACUCUGCCAGGAUUGGAAGCAAGAACAUCAAGCCCACAGGAUGAUUGUGCAGUCCUGUUCAGUAUUGUGAAGCCCUUAAUCCUAACUUUAAGCAAAAUCCCUUGGCCGCACUUUUAAGGUUUGUUUUUUAUAUAUAUAUGUGUGUGUGUGUGUAUAUAGUUACCAACUUAAAAAUAAAAAAUCCCAACAACAUACUUGAAGAAUGUAAUACUCAAACUCUCAGUGCUUCCUUAUAAUUUCUAAUAGGAUUUUUUAUUAUUGUUAUUAUUAUUGGGGUAUUUUUGUUUGGUUGGGUUUUGGGGGGGUUGCGGUUUUUUGUUUUGUUUUGUUUGGGGGUGGGUGUUGGGUUGGGAGAGUCUUUUUUUUUUUUUUUCCUUUGAAAUAAAGCGGUGAUGUUUUCAAAUGAAGCUGUGUGGAUAUUUCAGCGUGCUGCCCUUUGCCACCCUGUGGCUACCCCAGCUCUCUGAUGUCUACUACACACACAGCACCAUAUCUCUGGCUUGGCUUGGUUGGAGUGGUGAGGGGUUUGUAGGAAGAGGGGAUGUUAUCUCAACAGAAUAGUGUGGUAGGACUGGAUUUUGUUUUCCCCCUCAAGUAUAUAUUCACCCAGUGACUUUGGGCUGGGAUUCUCUUUAGGGGGGAAAAAAAAAAAGCUACUAUGUUAUGAGAGACAUUAAUAACUCCUUGUGUUUGCUUAAUUUAUUGUUUAACACCCCUAAUUACCAAAACCAAAGUGAUGUGGAGUCUUGUUGUCUGCAUUUGGCCUCUGCAUCCCUAACUUCAAAGCUUUAUUCUGUCUGCCAAGAGGAUCCAUUGAAGGUGGUUCUUCCAAGAAGCAGAAAAGGAAAUUUCAGGCUACAAAGACCCAAGUUCUGGGUGCAGACUGUUGCAAGCUUCCAAUGAACCCAGACUGACUCACUAAUCUAACUGCUCAGUGGCUCUUUGGGAUACUUUAGGAAGAGGCGCUGAGCUUGGUCCCCAUCCCACAGCCAGUUCCCUCACCCAGGUGGAAACUUAAUCAACCUUCAGAGCAAAAUGGAGGGCCUGAUUAAUCUCAUAUUAUUGGAGGUCACAAGUGCCACUUCCAAUGGCCUCUUCCUGUGUGCCCACAUGAUGCAAAGGAAAGGAACUUUGUACAGAGAAGCGAAAUAUGUUUUUUGCCUAUGUCUCCACACCAGGACCUUCUUUCAGAACUAGGGUAGCAAUGCCCAGUCUGUUGGAAAGUGUGGUUUACAUAACAAUUGCAGCCUCCUUUUGUUUGGCCAGAUGGCCUUCUCACUUUGAUGUUUUAACUCAGGUAUCCAGUCUUCACUCCAUCCCCAGAUGGUUAUUAUUCACCUCAUAAUGAGCACCUACAGCAGGGACCCCCCAAAAAAAAAUUAAAACCAAUACAUAUUCAUGACAAAACAAAUGGUCCCCAAGCCUAUGUUUAGAAGGUUAACUUUGCCUGAAAAUACUGGAGCAGCUUCAGGCAAGAGUGCCACAGGACACUUUGACCUUGCUGGACUAGCAGUAGCUGCUGUAAUUUAGUUGCUCUGGUACAGAAGAGAGCCCCAUAGGGCUAUGGGAGAGAUGAUCCAGUGGUAACCCACUGGCUUCUCUUAGCAGUCCCACAGGUGGCCCCCAAACGUCACUGUAAAGGAUAAACUGAAAUUGUGUCUAAUUUUCUGAUGGCAGUUUCUAUUGAAGGAAGAGUUUGGAACUUCAGACAGAUAGACCCGCACUGAGUCUCCAUCUUCCUCUAGCAGACUGUCUUGGGGAGAACCUUCAGUUUAGGACAGGCCCUGUCAUGACUUGUUGCUGUCUUACCCCUGCUCACUCACCAGACCUGCAGGUGCCUGCACUCAGUGCUGUCUUUUUGCUGCCCAUCCCUGUUGCCUUUGAGUUUCUUGGAAUUGUGGCUGUCCUUGCAUCCUCUUUUCUGUCCACAGUCCUUCAAUAGCCUUGCUCUGAUGGUUUAGCACUUGAUCUAAGACAAGCUUGCCCAUAAUUUAAUGCUGCUUCUCCUUAAAAAAAGUAAAAAUUUUCAAAAAUAAAAAAUUCCCGCUAAAGUGAAGCAUUCCUUGAUUCCCUUGUCCAUGCCGGUGCCUCCACCGGGGUGAGUGAGACUGGCUCUGUUGGCCCCGGUGACUGUUGCAGUUGUAGAGUUGGCCAUCACUCUGCAUUGUUGAUGGCUGUCUGCUCCAGUUUCAGGUCCUUGGUGUGAUCAGUGCAUCCUGGCAAGGAAGGCUUUUUACUCCUUAAGAGGUGCAGUUGGACCCAUCGCUGACAGUGCUGCUUUAGCCCCAUCCCAACUGGCAUAAAGGAGGAUAAAGCCUUCCUCGACGGUCAUGUCUGACAGUGGGCAUGGUUUUCACUGCCUUUGGUUAUGUUUCUGAGCUUGUAUUCUAAGGUAGUCAGUGACUGCUGGAUUCCAAGUGAGCUCUAGUGUUCCAGCCUUGGAAAAUAAGCAUCUCAAACAAAACCAAAUGCAGUCAUCAACAAGCCAGCAUAGGCGAAGUGAUAGUUCCCACACCACCCCCAAUAAAACUGGGAUUUUGAAUGUGGCUCUACAAGUUGAACAUUUCUGUGUGUUGUGUAUGCUAGGUAAUACCCUCAAAAGGGGCUGACUACUAGACCAUAAGUGUGUUUUAUACAAGUGUGUAAGACUAAAAAUUCACGUGCACGAAUUGCAGAGUAAAGAGAUGAUACUUGUGAAAGCGUGAACAUUAACACUGUAGUUGCUCGAUCUUCAGCUGCUGAUUGUUGAGAGAGAAUUCAGUUAUGUUGUCUGGCUGCUGUGGAGUGUCAGCAGCACCUUUGCUGUACAUAAAAUGAAAAUAAAGACCUCAGCUAGAAACCUGCCAGUUGA